AUGAUUCUUCUAUAUCUAAAUGUAUUAUGCUAUUUAACACCAUUUCUUCACGCUUGGUUAUUAUUAUCACUAAUCAAAAAGACAGAAUCGAAUGAAAGUUUAUGGACAGCUAUGCAGAAUUUAAUUCAUGCUUAUCAUAAUUCUGUUGCCGAAUUCGAGCAUCUUUUACAAGGGAAUUUUAUCGUUAAAGAACCUGAAUUGAUGAAAUCAUCGCCUGUAAUUAAGUCAAUUGAUGCUUCAAUACUUCUUGGACAAGAUAGUUUUUAA